AUGGAUGCUCUCUCCAGCGAGUGGCGAUCAGGAGUGCGAUAUGCCAAAGGGGACAGAGUAGCAUUCAAAAUCGGGGAUACAAUCGGUGCAGCAGCGUUUGAAUGCAUCAGGCAACAUAUCAGCAACUAUGGCAAUCAGCCUGUCGCAAUGGGAAACGAAUUCUGGGAACACUAUCCAAGAGGAUUUCCAAGAGCCGCCCCAGCCCCCACCACCAUCAACCAGCGCACUGUUACGGGUGCCACUUAA